AAAGAAGAGUAUAUUAUUUGAGUUGCCAUAUUGGUCAAAACUAAAAUUACGGCAUAAUCUUGACGUAAUGCAUAUUGAGAAGAAUAUAUGUGACAGUGUAAUGGGAACUAUAAUAGACAUUGAUGGUAAAACAAAGGAUACUGAAAAAGCUCGUUUGGAUUUGGAGGAUAUGGGUAUAAGGAGGGAGUUACACUUACAAUUUUUGAAAGGUACCAAAACAAAUAAAGAAGGCAAAUUGAAGUGUGUAAAGUCGCGUGCACUUUAUACUCUAUCCCAAAAGGAAAGAAAAGGCUUUUGGGAAUUCUUAAAAGCGGUGAAGUUUCCUGAUGGAUAUGCUGCAAAUAUAUCUAGAUGUGUGAAUAUCAAGGAUGGUAAGAUAAUCGGGUUAAAAAGUCAUGAUUGUAAUGUUCUAUUACAACGAUUGCUUCUAGUAGGACUACGUGGUUACUUGCAUAAGGAUGUUCUGGAUGCUAUUACUGAGUUGGCAAGCUUUUUCAGACAAUUGUGUUCCCGGAAACUAAAUGUUAAUGUCCUUGACAAUUUGGAGAAGAGGAUUCCUUUGAUAUUAUGCAAGUUAGAAAUGAUAUUUCCACCUGCAUUUUUUGAUGUUAUGGUCCACUUAGCAAUUCAUUUGGCACAAGAAGCAAAAAUUGGAGGACCGGUUCAAUAUAGAUGGAUGUAUCCUAUCGAAAGGUAUCUUAGUACUCUUAAGGGGAUGGUUCGAAAUAGAGCUCGUCCUGAAGGCUCAAUCGCAGAGGCCUAUGUUGUAAAAGAGUGCUUAAGUUUUUGCUCAUUAUAUCUUCAUGGAAUUGAGACAAAAUAUAAUAGAGAGGAAAGAAAUUAUGAUGGUGAGGAAAAUCAAAAUGCAACUAUCUCUGUUUUUCGAAGUAAAAUUCGAACCUUCGGAGAAACAAAUUUUGUACAAUGCCCACUGAACAAUAUAAUGUUUUCUAUUGGUAGCACGAAGAAAAACUUAAACAAGAAAAUCCUAUUGGGUGGGAGAUUACAUAAAAAAGAAUUCGCUUCAUGUUUUGAGAAUCGAAUUAAAAAGCUUUGGAGUACAAAAUCCCCAGAAGCUACGGAUGAACUUCUUGCACUUGCAUCAGGCCCUGACCAUCAUAUUAGUAAAUGUAGUGGGUGCAUAGUAGAAAGAGUUAAGUAUCUAACUAGUCUAAGAGAAUCUAGACGAGUAACUCGAAAUAGUGAAGUGUGUACAGAUGUAGUUCACAAAGUUGAAGAUAGUGCUAUAGAGAUUAGAUCGGUAGUACGUAGUGGUGAAGCUCCGGUAGAGAUUGUUAAUCCAUGUGUGCACAAUAAUAAAAAUGAUGAAGAAGAAGAUGGGAAGACGAAGAUGACACCUUAUUCGAAUAUUGGACCAGUGAUGAUGAAGCCGCAUCUCAUGUCGAUAUAG